AUGGGGAAUCAACCUUAUCGUUACUCGGUGUAUGGAAAUAAACGGAGGAGGUUGGAGCCCAUCAGACAACAAAUGAUUUCGAAUAUUACACCGGCAUCUAAUGAUGGUGAUAACGGCAGUAUCGGCAUUUUCGGUUUUAUCACAAGAUUUCUUGCACCAGUGACAAAUCUUUUUCGACCCUCAGUUAAGUCACUAACAACUGAGGAAACAUGCAGUUCAAAUUCCGAUUCUACUUUUUCUGGACGUUUGAGUAAACGACCAACAAAUGGCGACGCGCAACAAAUCAGCGGGAAAGGAACUAGUGAAUCAAUGACUGGUGAGAAUGACGAUCCGGUAAUUAUCGAGCAAGAAGAUUCAGUGUUGUAUUCGUUGAUUUCAAAGAAAGCCUCUAGUAAAGACAUUUUUCGGGAAAAUAAUGUGAAAGAUGACUCGCUCCGGUACGAUUCGCCGUCACCACAACCAGAGCAUAGUAUAAGUCAACAAAUUUCGCCAUCACAUUCACAAGCAGGCUCACAUGUCUUAUCUGACAAAUGGGAACGUCGGCGGACAUUAUCUUCAGCCAAGAAUACGUUGUUAUCAAGUCGUUAUUCGCCAUACAAGAUUUUUUUAUCGGAGAAUCUCGAUACUAGCAGAAAGGGACGUUUUGGUAGGCAAGCCAGUGUAAUCGACAAGGUAGGCAAAGAACGCUACAGAAAAUUUCUGGAAGAAGCGGGCAUCCUUAAAGCGGACGUAACACUUUCUCAUCAUAAUGAAAGGAAGCGGUUACCCAAGAGAACAAAUUAUCUUGAGCUAUUACAAAGAGGCCAGUCUGCAUUAAAUUCCGUUUCAAAAGGUGCUUCUCCAUCAGCAAGCUUAUCUCGAAAUGGAUCCACUACAACGAAUAGUUCGGGUAAUAUUGCUGUUGCAGAAAAAAGCAGCAGUGAUAGUGAAUCCAGUGAGUAUUCAAACUGCGACAUGCAGGAAAGAAAACACUCGACAAGCAGAGAAGUCUGUGUAAUUUGGGAUACAAAGCAUCGUGAUGAUUUCAAGGCUUUGUGGGAAAAAGAAAAAAAUACGAAACUACUGGCAGAGCAUCGUUUGGCAAUGCAUCAUCAGCAAGCUGCUCUGAGGGAUCGUCGGGCAAAGGAGUUACAGAUUCAGAAGCGCUUAAUGUGA